AGCGUUUACUCAAAAGCCUAAGCUGACAGCAUUGCGUUAAUUACGAGGUUCUGCUGCACGGUGCCCAAAAGCCACCUUUCUUCUUUUUUCUGUUCUUCAACGGCCAAACAUGGCUGCUAUAGCAAAAGCAAACUCGCUUACUCCUCUUCAUUCUCCUUCUCAUCGCAACGACUAUCCUCUCAUUUAUAGUUCUGUACUUCCCAGCUUUAGAGAUUCUCGUUUAUCUAAGCUUAAUGUCACCCUGAAACACCCGAGAAACGCUUCAAUUCUUCCUGUAAUCAGAGCCCAAAGUUCUCCUGAUUAUACCCCCGAUUCAAAAUUUUAUAAAGUGGAAGCCAUUAUCAGGCCCUGGCGAAUCCAGCAGGUUUCGUCGUAUACCAUCAAUAGAAAAGAUUGUUACGAUUGUGAAGAAUUCUUCCAAUACUCUCGAAGUAAAGGCAAUGCCUUGGCAGAAGAGUACCCAUGUAUUAAUGGCAAGGGAAUAGUUCAUACUGCAGAGAUUGGAUUGUGUGUUAGCAUAAGCUGGGGGAGUGGUUCAAUCAGAAUUGGGGAAGUUUUGGACCGCAAGGCUCUUCUGAAAAUGGGUAUUCGUGGUGUUACGGUUUCUGAUGUUCGAGGCUUUGGUGCUCAGGGGGGUUCAACAGAGAGACAUGGUGGCUCUGAAUUUUCUGAAGAUAAGUUUGUUUCUAAGGUCAAGAUGGAGAUUGUGGUGAGCAAGGACCAGGUGGAAGCCGUAAUAGAUAAGAUAAUUGAGGAAGCAAGAACUGGAGAGAUUGGUGAUGGCAAGAUUUUUUUGGUCCCUGUCUCGGAUGUUAUAAGAGUUCGCACAGGUGAGCGUGGAGAGAAAGCCGAGAGAAUGACAGGAGGACGUGCUGAUAUGUCAGCCACUGCAUUGAGCUAAGUUGCAAUAUCAGUGCUGCUGAUUAGCAUCAAGACCUUUGUUGCAGAUCCUGCUUUAAUCACAGUGGCUGCUGCCUGUAGCAGACAUUUAAGCUUAUGACACUGCCAUUGUUCUAUGUAAUAUCAGAUGAUGAAUAAAAUUAAUUAAGGGGAAAUACCAGUUAAGUAGUUUUCCAUGUUAUCGCAAAUCCAAUAAUAAAAAGAAUUGAAUAAUCGAGACGAUUAUGCUUUUUCA